AAUCGUUCUUUCUUGAGUAUAGAUGUGAUAUUUUUAUCUUAAUAUGACUGAAAUACGACCACUAAAUGAAGAAUUAAAAGCAAUUGCCAAGAAUGAGUUAAAUGAAGUUGAGAGUCGUAUAGUUGAAGAUAUUUCAACACUAAGAACAUGGAUCCAAAAACAACCACAUUUGAGGGCUCGUACAGAUGACCAAUUUUUAGUAACAUUUCUUAGAGGCUGCAAAUAUAGUAUCGAAAAAGCUAAAUCAAAAAUUGACUAUUACUAUACUAUCAAAGCGUUAUUACCUGAAAUAUUUGUUAAUCUUCAAAUGACUGAAGAAUUCGUUGAAUUUGCACGCUUAGGUUGCUUUUUAGUACUUCCAAAGCCACUUGGCGGCAUCGGUGGCCCACGUAUAUACCUAACAAACUUUACAAAUCUAGAUCCAAAUAAAAACAGUUUAAAACAAUAUUUUCGAUAUCAUACAAUAGUUCAUGAGUUUGAGAUAAAUAUGGAUGAUACUGGUAUCAUAAAUGGUUUUGUUAAAAUUGUGGAUUACUCCAAAUACAAGCCAGCAUUCAUAAAAGAAUUUAAUCCAAUAUUUUUAAAAAAAAUAUCAGUUUUUCUUGAUAAAGCGGAGCCAUUGCGCAACAAAGGAUUACACAUCGUUAAUUGUCCACAGAAAGGAGCAGUGUUUUUAAACAUUGUGAGAAGUUUUCUAAAUGAAAAACUAAAACAACGAUUUUUCAUUCACAAAAGUCUAGAAGAUCUUUAUAAAGUAAUACCAAAGGAGAAUCUACCAAUUGAAUAUGGUGGCACCAAUGGUUCUAUACCGGAGAUUAAAGCAGAUAUGGAAAAGAAACUUUUAGAUUUUAAUAAUUAUUUCAUUGAAGAGACACAGUAUGGCGUGAAUGAAAAAUUAAGAAUUGGUAAAAAGGUAAAUAGUGAAACUCUCUUUGGCAUUGAUGGAUCCUUUCGAAAAUUAAAUAUUGAUUAAAAGUGGUUUUGUUAAAAUAGAAGGUCUACAGGAAUAUUCGUUUCAUGGAAGCGAUUUAAUUUUAUAACACUUGUAAAAGGUUUGUAACUUUACUAAACUACAAUUCUCACCAAAUUUUAUUAUGUAAAGUAGUUAUC